GACUUUAAAGGCGGCGGGGCCCGGGACGAAGGGCGUCGUGGGGCCGAGCUGGAAGCGGGCUGAGCUGGGGUGGGGGUGGCGGGGCGGCGCGUUCGGGGGCAGGCAGCGUGGCCGCCCGCCGGGGACCCCGGCAGCAUGAACCACAAGAGCAAGAAGCGGAUCCGCGAGGCCAAGCGCAGUGCGCGGCCGGAGCUCAAGGACUCGCUCGACUGGACCCGGCACAACUACUACGAGAGCUUCCCGCUGAGCCCGGCGGCCGUGGCGGACAACGUGGAGAGGGCCGACGCGCGGCAGCUGUCCGUGGAGGAGUUCGUGGAGCGCUACGAGCGCCCCUACAAGCCCGUGGUGCUCCUGCACGCCCAGGAGGGCUGGUCCGCGCCCGAGAAAUGGACUCUGGAGCGCCUCAAAAGGAAGUACCGGAAUCAGAAGUUCAAGUGCGGCGAGGAUAACGACGGCUACUCGGUGAAGAUGAAGAUGAAGUACUACAUCGAGUACAUGGAGAGCACGCGCGACGACAGCCCCCUCUACAUCUUCGACAGCAGCUACGGGGAGCACCCUAAGAGAAAGAAACUCCUGGAAGACUACAAAGUGCCCAAGUUUUUCACCGACGACCUCUUCCAGUACGCGGGGGAGAAGCGCAGGCCGCCCUACAGGUGGUUCGUGAUGGGGCCGCCUCGCUCCGGCACCGGCAUCCACAUUGACCCCCUGGGAACCAGCGCCUGGAACGCCUUGGUGCAGGGCCACAAGCGCUGGUGCCUGUUCCCCACCAGCACCCCACGGGAGCUCAUCAAAGUGACCCGAGAAGAGGGUGGCAGCCAGCAGGAUGAGGCCAUCACUUGGUUUCACAUCAUCUAUCCCCGGACACAGCUGCCCACCUGGCCGGCCGAGUUCAAGCCCCUCGAGAUCCUGCAGAAGCCCGGGGAGACCGUCUUUGUGCCAGGAGGCUGGUGGCAUGUUGUCCUCAAUCUCGACACCACCAUUGCCAUCACCCAGAAUUUUGCCAGCAGCACCAACUUCCCCAUCGUAUGGCACAAGACGGUAAGAGGGAGACCAAAGUUAUCGAGGAAGUGGUAUAGGAUCCUGAAGCAGGAGCACCCUGAGCUGGCUGUGCUGGCCGACUCGGUCGACCUCCAGGAGUCUACGGGGAUGGCGUCCGACUCCUCCAGCGACUCCUCCAGCUCCUCCAGCUCCAGUGACUCGGGCUCGGACUCGGAGGUGAGGCCCGGCCUGCCUGCCCAGGGCCUCUGCGCGCCGCCAGCCCAGCUCGGUCUAGCAGGGAAAAGGGGAGAGUCGGGGUCUGAAGGAGACGGGAUGACGCAUCGCAGGAAGAAGAGGCGAACCUGCGGCCUGGUGGGCAACGGGGACACCACCUCCCAGGACGACUGCGUGAGCAAAGAGCGCAGCUCCUCCAGGAUUAGGGACACUUGUGGAGGCCGGGCUCACCCCUGAGCAGGCACAGACUCCCCAGGCUGGCUGCAGUGCGCGCUGGUGGGCUCUCGCCUCUUGUUCCUCCCUUCUCUGUCUCCUUGGAAGUGGAUCCUCCUCUGGCCCAAGCGCCCAUCUUCGGUCACAGCUGUUAGCUGGGAAUAGAGUUCAAGACGUUGAAAAGGCCCAGCCAGCUCAGUGAAACCCUGAAGCCGCUGAGCUGUUGGGUAAGAAGGUCCGUGCCAUCUCGCUCAUGUCCCACGUUUGCUGAGCUGGAGGCUACAGGGCUGGAGCCCCUUCCGCUUGGUCAGCCUGCUGCCCUUGCUGAGGAACAGAGCCAGCUGUGCAUGAGCAGCGGCACUGCGUGGCGAGUGACUGGCCCACAAGCAGAGCUGUAGUGUGUGAACAUGUACUGCCUUCUCGGACGUUGCCCGUGGUCCUCAAACAGGGCGAUGAAGAGCUGAGUGCCCAGCACUGGCCAGCAUCGGGGCUCAGUCGGGCCCACCUUCCCUAAUCCGGUGUCUGCAGCGAGCAGCAGGCACAGUGCGGGGGUGUUGGUGUGUGGCAUUUUGGGGGGUGGGGCAACACCGGGGACAAAGUGGGAAAGGUAUUCCGUGUACUUGUAGCACUGAGUUUAAUGUCCUAGCAGGGCCAGGUCCCUGACAGGUUGAGAAGUAAAAGUUUCCCAGCCUGUGGUCUGAAAGGACUUUAAGACAGGUGGCCUGAGCCACUGCAGAGCACACGCUUGCACUAAGGGUACUGCCCAGGGGGUGGGGUGGCCUGGAGGAGCGCCGACCAGCAGAGCCCAGCCUCUGCCCUCCUGAGUCACCCGCUCGACUUAACCGUCGUUAGAGUCAACAGAAUUUGCAUCCUGGGGGUGUCCAGUUC